AUGUCUUUCUUCAAGAAACUCAAGAAUGAGUUCGAGGAUAUGUUUGGUGAUGAUGACAAGAAGAAGGAGGACAAGCCUUCGCAGCCUGCCCAGGAUGUGAAGCCCACCGAGAGCAAGCCCGAGCAGACGCGUGAUGUCAACCAGCCUCAGUAUUCUUCGCCCGCCCCAGGCUCAUAUGCCCAGCACCAGCAGCAGUCAUACCCCCUCAGCAGUACCNCUCCUCAACAACAGCAACCCUACGGCCAGCCUACCCCUGGUCCUUAUGGACAAGCCCCUCCACCUUCUGGACCCCCUCCUCCCCAGGCUGGUGGCCAGCUUCCCCCUGGCUGGGUGCAGCAGUUCGAUCAACAGAACCAGCGCUUCUUCUAUGUGAACCAGGCUACAGGUCAGACUCAGUGGGACAUGCCUCAACAUCCUGUUCCCCAGAACCAGUAUGCAUCACCGCCUCCUCCCACUGGUGGAGUCUAUGGUGGUUACCAGCCUCCUCAUGCUCAGGGUCAGUAUGGCCAGCCUAGCGUUCCAUACGGACAGGCUCCUCCGCCUCAGGGACAGUAUGGUUCAGCCCCUCCUCAGGGUGAUCAAGCCCGUGGACAAGCAAACUCCUUCUACGACAGCUACGGCGGUGCCAUGCCCUCGGUUCCUCCUCAGGGUCAGCAUGACACGCGUGCCAACCAGUACUACGGAGAUGUCGAGACCAAGGAUAAGAAGAAGAGCAGCGGCUAUGGAGGUGCCAUUGGUGGAGCUGCAGCCGGUCUGGCUACGACUCGGACGACGAGAAGAAGCAUGCCGCCGCCGCUGCACCCANGCUACGCUCCGGCCCCUACCAACUACGCUCCUGCUCCCGACCCGUCGUACGGAGGCUACGGUGCCCCCUCCCAAGAUUCCUACGGCUACAACGCUCCUGCCCCGGUCGCCCAGCCCUCUGGUUAUGGCGGAUCUGCCUACGAGCCAGGUCUGUACGAUGACGCACCUCUGCCUGAUGAGACCGCUUCAGGAUCGUCGGUCUCGAGCAGCGACCGUGAGAGUCUCGAGGAGAAGCGUGAAGAGCUGCGCGAGAUGCAGGAAGAGUAUGAAGAGGAGUACGCUGAGACCUACGAUGAUUAG